AUUAUAUCAAACAGCCAGCUGCAGGGUCAACAACCUUUCCCUUUCUUCCUCUCAUCACCACCACUUUCCUCUCGGGGACCCCAGAACCAAAGUCAGAUAUUAAUAUCGGAGUAACCCAUCAAAUUCAUUAUGGGGUUUGCAUCGAAGAUCGCCAACGGUAUGAACCGCCCAGCCGACGGGAAUACCAACAAGCCUGGUGGUGGUGUGUAUGGAGGAGCACCACCCACUGGCUACACUGGAGGACCUCCAAGCUCACUGCAGCCUGGAGGAGCACCCGGUGGAUAUCAACCACAGCAAAAUCCUCAGCAGCAACAGGGUCAGCAGUAUCAGGCUUACUCAGGCUCGCCUGCUCCCGCUGGUGGUCCGCAAUCACCAUCAAAUGAACGAGAGCCUGGAAACGACUCCACCAUCUUCCUAAAUUAUCCUCUUGUUCUCUGUGCCCCUCUUAUCCUUAUUUCCACUCGACCGUGGCCCGCUCUCUACCUUCUUCCAACCUUCAUAUUCUUCCUGCUCGCCGUCGUCCGGGCACUCGGGCGCAACUUGUCGACCAUGUCUCGGCCUUACUAUGACCCUUACGGUCACCCCUCUCAGCUCCGUCCUGGAUCAACCCAACCUCCUCAGUCUCCUUAUCCAACCUCACCGUCGGGACAAUAUCAGGCAUAUGGAGCUCCAUCACUUCCUCCCAACAAGCCGGCUCACACGCCUUCACCUGGCCCUCAGUCGCCCUAUCCUGGAGCACAACCUCCUUAUCAGACAAGCCAAUCGCCCUACCCCGGUUCCCCGCCCGCGUAUUCUGCACCGGCCAAUCCAUCGCCGUCUCCGGCUCCUCAGGCUUACGGCCAGGCUUAUUCACAAGCACCAUAUGGUGUACCCGCGCCUCCUGCCCAAGGCUACGUGCAACCGUCACCUUAUAGCACGCGGGACCAGCCGUAUGGACAGUAUACUCAGCCACAGCAAGGCUAUGGCCGGCCCCCGCCUCCCCCACCCCAGGGUCAGCCCUACGGAUCAGCCACCCCCCAGUACUCUCAACCUCCUACAGCUCAAGGUCAACCUUACCCUCCUCAAAAUGCGCCUUACUCUGGCGGACCCGUUCGUCCUCCCCAGCAGGGUGGGCCUCCCGGAGCUGCGUACGGUCCCUCGGGGGGUGCCCCUCCUCCGGCUCGUGCCACGGACCAGCAGAUCGCCGCCUACCGACAGCUGUUGAUUGGCACUAUUCAAGAGAAACGCCUUCAAAGCUUCUAUCCUCCUGAAAGACUUGAUAAGCUCGUUCAGGCUCUGUCCAACGAUGCACCCUUCAAGGUGAAUAAGCUGAUUCAUGAGCUUAAUAUCCCAACCGAAGUGGCUAUGGAUAUCAUGAAAUUGGCUCUCUUUGAUGUUAUCUUAUACGUGGAUGACAGUGGCUCCAUGGAAUUUGAAGAACGAGGUGUGAGAAAGGAACAACUGCGUUCGACCAUCGAGGUCGUUGCUUCGGCUGCUUCCACUUUUGAUGAUGAUGGUAUCUCGGUGCGGUUCAUGAACUCACCUGAGCAAGGCGAUGGCAUUCGCAACGCAGACGAUGUUAGCCGCCUCGUUUCGCGAGUCCGCUUCCAGGGUCUUACACCAUUGGGUACAAGUCUACGCAACAAAGUCCUGGACCCUAUGGUGGUGGCUCCGGCCAGAGCUGGUCGACUCCAGAAACCUGUUCUGAUCAUCACCAUUACCGAUGGACAGCCAGCCGGUGAGCCUCUGGACAGUGUGUCGAACGCCAUUGGCUAUGCUGUCAACGAAGUUUCUCGUACUCAGUAUGGACAGGGGGCCGUUUCCUUCCAGUUUUCCCAGGUCGGAAACGACACCAAGGCCCGGGAUUUCCUCGCUUCUCUGGACGAAGAUCCUCGAAUCGGCUCCUUGAUUGAUUGCACCUCAAACUUCGAGGUUGAGCAAGAUGAAAUGUCACGGGCCAAUCCCCCAGUGCAUCUGACUCGCGAACUCUGGUGUGCCAAACUGAUGCUCGGUGCUAUUGACUCUUCAUACGACACCAAAGAUGAAAAGGCCGCCGGGCGUAGUGGUGCUCCGCCACCCGGACCUCCAGGUGGUCAGUACGGUGGUUAUAACUACAACCAGCCUCCCGCCCAGAAUUACAACCAGCCGCCUCCCGGACAGUACGGCUCAGGACCUGGAUACAAUCAGGCACCAUACCCGCCCAGCCAAGGUCAGGGUCAAGGUCCCCCUCAGGGCUACGGUCAAGGCUAUGGUGGCGGCUACGGCGCUUCCUCUCCGCAUCCCAACCAACCUGGGUAUGGACAGUCGCCUGGUGGGGCUACACGAGGCUACCCUGGCUACGGAGCGCCUCCCCGCUACUAGACAGAAGGUAGCAUACUGUUGAAGAUGGGGGCGAACCGAACUGGUUUCGUCUAGGAAUCGCUUUAAGUCUGUAGCCAUUGCUUUUCUUGCAUUAUUAUGAGCACCGUUAUGUCAUGAGGACGACCGCAUAAAAUUGGCACAAAUGCAAAUGACUAAGGAUUCUGUCUCUGUGUGAUUGCAACACCAUGUAAUAUCUCCUAGUCGGUGUAGCACAAGACAAUAGCAUAUCGACGCUCACGGCGUUCUUGUUUCAGAUGUUUGACAUACUCGCACAACUGAUAGUCUAGGCCAAGCACGACCUCAGAUGCUGGUGAUAUGACGUCAU